AUGGGUAAGGGUAAGAAGUCCAAGUCCGGCGGACCCGGCCCGGAGGUGGGCGAGUGCGAGGCGGCGGUGAAGGCGGCGAACGAGGGCCACGAGCUCGUGCCGGUCGUCGAGGAAACCCUAGACGCGAUGGAGGCUCGUCACCGGCGGGAGCGCGCCGCGGUGGAGGCGCUGUGCGCGUCGCUCGGCCAGUCCAAGCCGGAGAAGGAUAAGAGGGUCAAGAUGAUGGGGUGGAUCAGCCAGAGGCAGUACGAGGAGACGCGGGCGUGGGAGGAUGCCAACGAGGGCGGCGACGAGGGCGGCGACGCAUCGUCCGACGACGACGCCCAUGCCGCCGACGCGCUCGCGAAGGACGUCUCCGCGAAGGCCACGGUCGCAGACGCCGACGAACCCGGGGCGGCGGCCGGGCAGGGCGGGAUGACCAAGGCGAUGAAGCGCAGGCUCAAGAAAGAGGCGGAGGAACGCGAACGAGACGCGCGCAUCGAGGAGGAGAAGGCCAACGCGGGGCCGUCGGAACGCGAGGAUGAGGAAAAGAUCCUCCGCCUGCGACUGCAACCAUUGGGGCACGCCAUCGCCGAGAUCAAGGCGGACGGGCACUGCAUGUACCGAUCGGUGGAGCACCAGCUCUCGGUCAGGGGCGUAACGGACGAAACGGUCGCGACGGACCACGUCUCCCUGCGGCGGAUGACCGCCGAUCGGCUACGAGCGGACGAGUGGGAUUACCGACCGUUCGCCGAGGACUUCGCCGAAGCGUCGGCGUCGGCGGACGAGGGAUGGGCCAAGUACUGCGACGACGUGGAAAAGACGGCGGCGUGGGGCGGGCAGCUCGAGCUCGGCGCGCUGGCCAAGGCGCUGCGGCGUAGCAUCGUGGUGUUCUCGGCUAGGAUGCCAAAGGUGACGAUGGGGGAGGAGUUCGCGGGGGAAGGGGAGCCGCUGCUGGUGUGCUACCAGCGGCACGCGUUUGGGCUGGGCGAGCACUACAACUCCAUCGUGGACGCGUAG